AUGGCCUCAAUACAGCAAGACCAGGUCCAGCUUCAUGUAAAUGAUGGGCCUCUAUCCCCUGAUCAAGUAGGAGAACUGCAACCCUCCAAUCCGUCCGAGCCAAUGGGUGUAUUGCGGGCCAAGUACGACAGAGACGGCUAUUUGUUUCUGAAGGGAAUUCUCCCUCGCGAGGAGGUCCUUGCCGCUCGUGAGGCUUAUUUCCGAGCUAUGUCAUCUACUGGCGUACUCGAACCUGGGACUGAUCCCGUGGAGGGAAUCUUUAACAAAUCCGCUGAUCCGCUGGAUUAUCCUAAUAUCGGAGCUGGAGCCGCAGAAAACUCAAGGCUAGGGACGUCAGAGAAAUCGCAUAACUUUGAGGAUCUGUCAAUUCAAGCUCAUACGCAAGACUGGUACAUCGGUUCGCGGGAUGGCAAAAUCAAGGGCUUCACAAACAAUCAAACUCUACGCGACUUCGUGUCUGAGUUCACCGGAUGGGACAACCAUAUUCUGAGCCUCAAAAGGACGUUACUGCGGAAUAAUUGUCCAACGAAUAGAGCUAUUGGAGUACAUUACGACCAAGUCUUUCUCCGGUAUGGAGAACCAACAUCAGUUACCGCUUGGGUUCCUCUAGGUGACAUCAAGCUUGAUGGAGGAGGUCUCAUUUAUUUGGAAGGUGGGGAGCAACUUGGGGAGCAGAUAGAAAAUGAAUUUUCCGCUCAAGCAAUAGCCGAUGGCAUGACGGAGGAGGAGAUGAAGUAUGCCUUCAAUAAGAACAUGAUGAGCACUGGAUUUCUGUUUGAAGGGCCCGCAGAAUUUAGUCGAACAUACAACCGCAAAUGGUUGGUGACUGCAUACGCAGCAGGCGACGUCGUUUUACACAAGCCCCAUCAGGCAAGUAAUAUUCACGCAUCAACCAUCAACCAUGACCGGGAAGGGCGAAUUCGGUUGGGUACAGACUUGCGAUAUGUUAAUUCAGCCCGUAAAUUCGAUGAGAGAUGGCUCAACCAUUUCCACUUCAAUGAUGGGCUAUGA